AUUCCCCUGGACGAGAACUCUCUCUUCUUUAUUGUCGCCAGCGAUGGCGUGUGGGAGUUCAUUAGCAGCGAAGAGGCGGUCAGCAUUGUUUCGAGCUACGUCACGGGGUCCCCCACCGACGGCAAGAAAAUGAAAGACGCUGCAGACCGCCUGGCUUAUGAGGCCUUUCGAAGGUGGAUAGACGAGGAGGGCAACGUCGUGGACGACGUGACGGUGAUUGUCGUUUGGGUUGCGAGGUAG